CCCGCCACUAGCACUCAGGCGCGCGCAGUUUCACUCCCUACUGUAUCGAUGAAGUUGCACAAAGAUGGCGGAUUUCCUGCCGUCCCGGUCCUUUCUAUCCAUUUGUUUUCCAAACUGUCUUCUCAACAGCAACGAGGCGGAACAACUGAGGAUAUCUAAAGAGAUAGACCGAGGUCUUCUGAAAGACAAAACCUAUGUGAAACGGCUAGUUAAGAUACUUUUGCUCGGCGCCGGGGAGAGCGGCAAGUCCACUUUCCUCAAGCAGAUGCGCAUCAUACACGGCCAGGACUUCGAUCAACGGGCCAAAGAAGAGUUCAGAGCCACCAUUUACAGUAAUGUUAUGAAAGGUGUUCGAGUGCUUGUGGAUGCCAGAGAAAAGCUGCAUAUCCCAUGGGGAGACCCUUCUAACCAAGCACAUGGAGAAACCAUGAUGGCUUUUGACACACGAUCAGCCAUGGUGUCGCAAGGAACGAUGGAGACCAAAGUGUUCCUGCAGUACCUGCCUUCAAUCCGUGCCCUCUGGGCCGACAGCGGCAUACAGAAUGCGUAUGACCGGCGCAGGGAGUUUCAGCUGGGUGAAUCAGUGAAAUAUUUCUUGGAUAACUUGGAAAAACUCGGAACACCGGACUAUCUGCCAACACAGCAAGACAUCCUGCUGGCACGUAAGCCCACCAAGGGCAUUCACGAGUACGACUUUGAGAUCAAAAAUGUGCCCUUUAAGAUGGUGGACGUGGGCGGCCAGCGGUCGGAGCGCCGUCGGUGGUUCGAAUGCUUCGACAGCGUCACCUCGAUCCUCUUCCUCGUCUCGUCCAGCGAGUUUGACCAGGUGCUGAUGGAGGACCGGCUGACCAACCGCCUGAUGGAGUCGCUCAACAUCUUCGAGACCAUCGUCAACAACCGCGUCUUCAGCAACGUGUCCAUCAUCCUCUUCCUGAACAAGACUGACUUGCUCGAGGAGAAGGUCAAAACGGUGGCCAUCAAGGACUACUUCCCCGAAUACACAGGGGAGCCCCACAGCCUGGAGGACGUGCAGAAGUUCCUGGUGGAUUGCUUCCGGAACAAGCGCCGAGACCAGCAGCAGAAGCCCCUCUACUACCACUUCACCACCGCCAUUAACACGGAGAACAUUCGCCUGGUCUUUCGCGACGUCAAGGACACCAUCUUGCACGACAACCUCAAACAACUCAUGCUGCAGUGACGCCGCUCCAGCCGUUCCCUUUCAGAUCUCGCCAAGAUAACCUGACUCCGACGUUUGUACUCCACACAGUAACCUUUCUGAAUAGCUCUGACGUGCUUUUUCGCGAAGAAGGCGGCCUGUCAGGAGCACGGGACGGCAGGUGGCCCCGACCACUCGCACUUGUCCUGCCAAGAGAAGCUGUACGUGUCACUGAGCAUCACCCUCUCGCCGAAGGUGCCAAACGCAACGCGCUCCUCCCUCGGAAGAGGAGGAAAGCAGGAUGAAAUCCUAGCACUGUUCUUGAUCUGUUAUCUUUGAGCCUUUUAUUACUGACCAAAUAGCAAGAUGAGAUGCAAACGCUGUUUUAACCUUUUAACAGGAACUGUUCUGAGCCUUUCUGUCGAAACCUGCCUGGCCUUAAUUUUCUCCCCUCAUUUCGAUUGGUGUUUUUAACGUGUAGAUGUCUAAUCAAUUGUAUCAUUUUUAGAUUUCAGUUGUCUUGUUUUUUUUUUUUUUUGUUUUUUUUUUUUAAAUAGAUAAAGUUCUUAAGUUAUGUUUCGAAAGUUUACACUCUGACUUUCCUCUGCUGAUGGAUAACGCUCUCGAUUUGUACCACUUGAGAAACUGAACUUACACUGUGGUUAGCCACGCUAGGCGAGCUGGUAGAUACAGUAUGCAUACAGCAUAAUCUCAGGGCUGAAUGUAGACCACUUAAGCGUAACUCUUCGCCUUCAGGAACAUCCACUAAUUGUAGCUGUCCAUCAGUGGCUGGAAAUCGCAUUUCCUUGCUGGCCUGCAGACGACAUCCUCCGCUCUGCCCUAGCUAGAACUUCUUUAUCCAUCAGGGAAUGAAAACGGUUUCUUGUUAAUUUAUUUGCUUUUGUUUUUUUCGGUCCGCAACCAAACUAAACUGGCUUUUCAGCCAGACCCCGCUGAUAACAAAAGCGUCUGUAUUCACAAGUGCCACGUGUUUAAGGUACCAAUAAUUCGAACAAAUUUCCUCGAAAGGGAUAAUCUUAAUAUGUGAACUUCAUUCCCUCGACGGUUGUGUAUAGCUACUUUGUAUAGUGCCAUGUCCGCCCUCUAUACUACUGUUGUAGUAAGUAUUUUAUGUAAAUAGUCUGUACCUCACCUUCCUCACUCUCUUUGUUUUUUUUUUCUUACGGAUAUAUAACCUACACUGAAAUGUAUAGCUGUUUUAUUUGCCACAGAGAUACUGACUCGCUGCCCGCGGUUCGGCUGGCGCAUCCUCAGCUGAAUGGUGCCUGUAUGUCGUCUAUGCAUUCAGAUGGCGGUAGAGGACUCUUUGUCCCGUGUCGAAUUCUGCCUUGCGCCUCUGGCCGAAGUCCCGGGAGGCUUGUGAAAAGCAAGUAUUACGUCUUCACUCUCCACUGACAGUGUCCUGUGUUUUCCAGUGCCACUCGCUGCCCCACAAUGCUGGGAAUCCGGGCGUCGCUGAGCUUUUGUUUGUCAUCUUAGUAUCCGAUAUUUAGUAUUUCAUCCACUUUACAAACUCAGAACCGUUCCAAGCACAAGAUGCUGAAGUAUCAACCUCUAGUAUUCGCUGCCUGGCAUGCCGAGUCUUAAAAUGUUGUAUUAUCUGCCUUUGAGCUUAAUAAAGCAAGUGUUGUGUACUUGCCCAAACCCAAAGGAAUGGCUAAGGAUGCUUACGAGUUCAAACCUAAGCAUCGCCGUCGCGUCGGUUUGUCGUGUCCUAACGGUUGACGUGUUAAAAGGAAGGGCAAUGCUGCAGAUAGAUACACUACUUUAGCUGUAUUCCUCCUCUCUGUACACUGCAAAAGGAGUGUGGAGAGAAACGUGAUUUUGUCGCAGUUCUGUGUUGUUGUUUUUUUUUUUUU